GCUGCCAUGGCAGAUCUUACUCACUCAUCACAACCACUUCUCUCUCAUUCAUUCACAACAAAAAACCCUCAGCAUUAUGACAAUGUUAUUGUUGAGAAUCUUACUUGUUGUCUUCUUCCUCUUCGCUGCUGUCGACGCUUGCUCGCCGUCGGACAGAGCGGCGCUUCUUUCAUUCAAGGCGGCGUUGAAGGAGCCGUACUUAGGAAUCUUCAAUUCAUGGACUGGAGAUUCCUGUUGCGGCGGCUGGUACGGCGUUAGCUGUGAUCCUGAAACUCUUAAGGUCACUGACAUUAGCCUCCGCGGCGAGUCUGAGGAUCCGAUCUUCGAGAAGGCAGGAAGAACUGGGUACAUGACCGGCUCGAUUUCUCCCGACAUUUGUAAGCUCGAUAGGCUUACGAUCCUUGUCAUUGCUGAUUGGAAAGGAAUCUCCGGCGAGAUUCCGAAAUGCUUAACCAAACUCAGCCAUCUCCGAGUUCUCGACCUGGUUGGAAACAAAAUCAGCGGCGAAAUUCCUUCGGAUAUCGGAAACCUAAACCGCCUCACCGUGCUUAACCUCGCGGAAAAUGCGAUUUCCGGUACUAUACCAGCAUCGAUCGUCAAUAUCGGCGGUCUAAAGCAUCUGGAUCUCAGGAACAAUCAAAUCUCCGGUGAAAUUCCAUCCGAUUUCGGGAAAUUAGAGAUGCUAAGUCGAGCGCUCCUUAGCCGGAACCAACUCAGCGGAUCGAUUCCGGCUUCGGUUACGAGAAUGGCCCGGCUGGCGGAUUUGGAUUUGUCGAUGAACGGCAUCUCCGGGUUCAUUCCGGUGAAUAUCGGGAACAUGCCGGUUCUAUCUACUUUAAACCUGGAUAGUAACAGAAUCUCAGGACAAAUACCUCCAACUCUGAUCAGCAAUGGUGGAUUAGGGAUUCUGAAUUUGAGCCGAAACGGUCUGGAAGGGCAGAUUCCGGACGUUUUCUGCCCGGAUUCAUACUUCAUGGCGCUCGACUUGUCGUUCAAUGCUUUGAAAGGUCCGAUACCAAACUCAUUGUCGUCAGCCAAAUACGUUGGGCAUUUGGAUCUAAGCCAUAACCAUCUUUGCGGGUCAAUACCCAUCGGGUCGCCGUUUGAUCACCUUGAAGCGUCGUCGUUUACCAAUAAUGACUGUCUCUGUGGGAACCCGUUAAGGACCUGUUGAGAAAACCGGUCGCGUUAGCCGGAAUGGAUGGGUCCGGUCCGAGGCGUUGGGGUUGUUUAUAUUUUAAAAAAAAAAAAAAAAAAAAACUGUGAUAAUAAAAUACUUUUGUGUGGAUUUUUAGUGAAUAGGGGUGUUUUACUAUUUUAAAUUGUUAUUAUUAUUUUUUUUCUUUU